AUGGCAAGAACAAAGAAUUUGAAUGUGCCCCCGACCAACGAAAGGAGAAUCCACCCCACGGCAUCGGUACGUAAGGAGCGUGAAGUCGCCGCCCUACGAAAGAAAGAAGAAGCACGUAAAAGGCGUGACGAGGCAACCCGUAAAAGGCGUGCAGGUAGUGCAACGACUGCUGCCAGUGCAGUACAGGAGCCUGAGCCUGAGCCUGAGCCUGAACCUGAACCAGUACAGGAGCCUGAAGAUGAAGAUAUGAGCUUCAAGCAACAUAUAUCACUGGAGGUGUGGAAGCAUUACAAGAAACCUGCUGAAGUGCUUGAUAGGGGUGUCUUGAAAACCUACCACCAUGGGAAUGCUAUGCUUGGGAAUGAUAAGGAGAAGCAUAACGAUGUAAAAAAAUGCUUUUCGACUUAUGUAAAGGGAAGGGUUGAGGCUGCUGGUCUAUUGCCUUUGUUGAUAUGCAACCUUCCCUCGGUUGACAAGACCAUGCUAACAGCGUCUGUGGAGAGAUGGCAGCCGGAGACAUCCUCUUUCCAUAUGCCAUUUGGGGAGAUGACCAUCACACUGGAUGAUGUUAGUUCUUUGCUACACAUUCCUGUGAAGGGAAAAUUCUUCACUCUCCCAGUCCUGACUCGUGAGGAAGCAGCCACUGUGGCUGAGGACAUGGCUAAGGAAGGGAAGACCAAGAAAGCUGCUAGAGCCUUCUUGCUGCGUUUGGUGGGGAUGACGAUCUUCUGUGGGAAGACAAACAACAAUGUGGAUGUUUCAUAUUUGGGGAUGUUCAUGGACUUGGAAAAGGUUGGGGAGUAUGCAUGGGGCGCCAUGGCAUUGGCUUUCCUUUAUGACCAGCUGAAGGACGCCACCAAAGUCUGCACCACUAGCCUUGGAGGAUACUUCAAUCUGUUUCAAGCAUGGAUAUUUGAACACUUCCCUGCUUCAUUGUUUGAUAGAAACCUGAACAGGAAAUACAGUGAGAAAGACCCGCGAGCUUGCAAAUGGGUAACCAAGAGGGGGACUGCGGACCUGCAUGCGAAGAGGCUAAUCCUAGAUGACCUUAGGGAUAGCAGUGUAAUAUCGACUCCACAUGACGGGCAUAGAUUGGAUUGGCCCUUUCAGCAGGAGUGUUUUUACAGUGGGUGGAUUCGGCAUUCAGGCAUCAUCCGCCCAUAUCUGCCAGAGCGUGUGUUGAGGCAGUUCCAUAUGCUCCAGGAUCAACCCAAUUUACCACCGGCAAACAUUCCCAAGGAUAUUGAUGAGAGGUUUGAGAACAUGGAUCAUUGCGUGGUUGCUCAACAUACUGACACUCCAACAACAACAUCUCGCUACUUUGAGUGGUACGAGUCGAUCUCACACCGCUUUGUGGUCCCUCCUGAAACAAGAGGUCUUGUGGUAGUAACUCUUGUGGAUGCUCUCGAACAAUUACGGGAGUUGAGUGAUAUCACAGUUGACCCCAGUGAGACGCCUCAGCGGAUCCUCGAGGCAAACCAGCGCAUGCUUGAUAUCAUACUGCAGCAAUGGGAGCAUGGAAGUGAUGAUGAUAACAGUGGCAGUGGCAAUGGAGUUGCACCUCAUGAUGGUGGUGGCCCUGACAGAAAGAAGAAAGGAAAAGCAUCUACCUCGAAGACUAGUUAG